AUGGGAGAUUAUUUAAAGGCCACGAAGCGUGCCCACAUCGCAGAGUUUGCCAGCAGUUACGCUGCCGAGCUUCGCGAGGACGAGGGUGCCGAGUACGACGAGUUGAUCGAGAUUGACCUGGACAAGCUCGAGCCACACAUCAACGGACCUUUCACCCCCGAUCUUGCCACACCCAUCAGCAAAUUUGCUCAGGCUGUCAAGGACAACAAGUGGCCUCAAGAGUUGAAGGUUGGUCUUAUUGGAUCUUGCACCAACUCAUCUUACGAGGACAUGAGCCGUGCCGCUUCUAUUGCUCAGGACGCUCUCGACCACGGCAUCAAGGCCAAGGCUUUGUUCACCGUCACACCCGGCUCUGAGCAGAUUCGCGCAACUAUUGAAAGAGAUGGACAGCYUCAGACUCUGGAGUCUUUCGGAGGUCUCAUUCUUGCCAACGCUUGUGGUCCWUGUAUUGGGCAAUGGGAUCGACGUGACGUCAAGAAGGGCGAUGCCAACUCUAUCAUCUGCUCCUACAACCGUAACUUCACUGGACGUAACGAUGCUAACCCAGCCACCCACUCUUUCGUCGCCUCCCCCGACAUCGUUGUUGCCAUGACUCUUGCCGGAGACUUGACCUUCAACCCUCUCACCGACACCCUCAAGGACAAGGACGGCAAGGACUUCAAGCUCAAGGAGCCAACUGGUGAUGGUCUUCCACGCAACGGAUACGACCCAGGCCAGGAUACCUACCAGGCACCACCAGCCGACCGCAGCAACGUCUCUGUUGCCGUCUCUCCUACCUCUGACCGUCUCCAGAUUCUUGAGCCAUUCCAGGCUUGGGAUGGAAAGGAUGCUCUCAACAUGCCAAUCCUGAUCAAGGCCCAGGGCAAGACCACUACCGACCACAUCUCGAUGGCCGGCCCAUGGCUCAAGUACCGUGGUCACUUGGACAACAUCUCGAACAACAUGCUUAUCGGUGCCAUCAACAUUGCAAACGGCGAGGCCAACAAGGUCAAGAACCAGGACACUGGUGAGGUUGAUGCUGUCCCUGCCACUGCUCGUGACUACAAGAAGAAGGGCAUCAAGUGGGUUGUUAUUGGAGACUGGAACUACGGUGAGGGCUCUUCUCGUGAGYACGCCGCUCUUGAGCCCAGACAUCUUGGUGGACUUGCCAUCAUCACCCGUUCAUUCGCCCGUAUCCACGAGACCAACUUGAAGAAGCAGGGCAUGCUUCCAUUGACCUUCUCCAACCCAGAGGACUACGACAAGAUCAACCCUGAUGACAAGAUCGACCUUAUGUGCACCGAGCUUGCUGUUGGCAAGCCUUUCACCAUGAAGGUUCACCCAGCAAACGGUGGCGAGACCUUCGAGGUCAAGCUCAGCCACACCUUUAACGAGCCACAGAUUGAGUGGUUCCACAACGGAAGUGCGCUUAACACCAUGGCCAAGAAGGCUGCUGCGUCGAAGUAA